AUGGCAAAGCAUCAUCCUGAUUUGAUUUUUUGCAGAAAACAACCUGGCAUUGCGAUAGGAAGAUUGUGUCAAACAUGCGAUGGCCGUUGUAUCAUUUGCGAUUCUUACGUGCGUCCUGCAACCCUUGUUCGUAUCUGUGACGAAUGCAACUUUGGUUCUUUCCAAGGUCGUUGUGUUAUUUGCGGUGGUCCAGGUGUGUCUGAUGCCUUUUAUUGCGUAGAAUGUACUCGACUAGAGAAAGAUCGCGAAGGGUGUCCAAAGAUUAUCAACCUUGGCUCUUCGAAAACAGAUCUGUUUUAUGAACGGAAAAAAUUUGGAUUCAAAAAGAGGUAG